AUGAUUGGUUCGUGUGGACAACCAGCAAACCUGGAAGAUAUCUUUGAAUCUGUGGUAAAUCUUGAACAGCAACAUAUUCAGCAAGGGUACAAUGAGGGUUUUAAAGAAGGAAUAGAGCUGGGAAAAGUAGAAGGAAGAGAUGUGGGUUUGAAACAUGGUUUUGAAGUAGGGGAAGAAUUGGGCUUUUACAGGGGUUGUAUCAAUGUAUGGAAAGCCGCUCUUGAGAUUGAACCAACUGUAUUCUCGACAAGGGUUCACAAGCAGAUAAAACAGCUAGAGGAAUUGGUAGAUAAAUACCCAGUUCUUGAACCAGAAAAUGAGUCUGUUCAAGAUAUUUUAGAAUCCAUGAGAACAAAAUUCAAAGCCAUCUCAGCAACACUGUCGGGCAAUCUUGAAUAUGAAGGAUAUCCAAAGAGUAACAAUACUGAAUUUUGA